UUUUCUUGGUGAGUAUUGCUCGUAUGCUUCACAUGUUUGGGUAGACGUACAGACUUUAUUUAGGUCUGUGCCAGAAGUGGGAAUUGAAAGAAUGGAGUAUCUUCACACUUGUCUGUUUUUGGUCCUCCUCUCCUAUUCAACAUGGCCAAGUGUGGGGAAAACUUACUUCACUCAUCUCGGAACCAAGUGUACAUCAGACUGCAGCUUUGAUGAUGACUAUUACAAGUGUUGGACUAAUCGAACUGGAUAUGAAGAGAAAUUGUACUGUUCACCAAAGGAACACUUCGACUACCAGAAUAAAAAGUGCAAGGGUAUAUGUGAAAAGUUUGGAGCAGACUACUAUUGGUGCAAAACAGGUUGGUUUUCUUGGGGAUACUGUGGGAUGGUGAUGGAGGAGAAGACCCACUAUGGAUCUAAGACAGGCCUCAGGUGUAAAGACCACUGUGAGAGAACAGAUAAAGGAUACUUUUCAUGCACUACUGCACAGGGAUUGGAUCACUGCUCGCCAUCUAAAAACAGAGAUUACAAGAACAGUCAGUGUCAGGAAGACAGUCCUUGUGGCAAAUAUAAUCACCACUACAAUUGGUGCAAGCUGAAGGAAGGACACGCGAGUUACUGUGGGCUUGUGGAAGCAAAGUCAGUGCUCCACCGCUCUAUCUAUCAUUAUACUUGCAUUGAUGAGUGCAGGUAUGAUGAGAGUUACCAUUAUUACUGGUGCCACACUGCCAAUGGCUGGGACAAAUGCUCUCCAGAUGUAGAUGUAACCUAUAAAGGCAAGCCCUGUCGCUCAGACCACCCCUGUGACCUACAUGGUGAAAGUUACAACUGGUGCUUUACCUCAGUGUCAGAUUACGAUUACUGUGGACCCAUUGAAUCGAGACACCGCGACAGGAGAGAUCUAGAAGACAGAACAUUGGCAUGCACACUGGAGGACAAGGGUCAACCUAUAAUAAGUAACUUCACUGUGGUACCAGCUCCUGAUGACAUCACUGAUGGCAGUCAAUGGAGAAACGAGACAGAAACCUUAAUCCGUCGCUGGGACAAUAGGUACCUGGUGGACAUGGCCCGUGCAAACCUGAUCCACUCUGAUCAUCUCCGCAUCGACAUACAGGGCACCAUCACUCGCAAAAAGCAGCUCUACUACAACCUGCAGGUGAACGUGAGACGGAGACCCGGCACCACUGUGUCUCAGAUCAUCGUGUCCCGAGGAAUCCCAGAGUGCUACAUCCGCAGAGCCUUCAUGGAGAGCUUCAGGAACCGGGCUCGGGUUUAUGUUGAUGAAAUAUACUGACACAUUUUAAAUUCUAACUGUUUUCAAAUAUUACUAAUUCUUCCAGAUGUUCAAGUUUUAAUUCAGCUCUCUUGGGUUUCCUAACCUUGCUUUGAGGGAUCUUAUGACAACAAACAAUUAAAAUAUUGAAGUACAGCCUGUGAAAUUCUCUAAUAAAUGUCUUACAUCGCC